CCUUUGGUUACGCCCUAUUCGAAUGUCUGCAAAAUGAGGAGAUCGGAUAUAAACUUGCAAAUGUUCAAAAGGCUGUUCAAGAUUUGGUAAAAUUUGGAAAAGCGGUAAAGCUCAAGUCAUUUGUUCCUUUUAAAAAUGCUGCCCACGCUUUGGAGAAUGCGAAUGAUAUAUCUGAAGGGGUCUUAAAUGACCAUCUCAAAAAUUUCUUGGAGAUGAAUCUUCCAAGGCCUGGAAAAAAGAAAAAUCCUAUACUUGGUGUUGUAGACAAAAAUUUGGCGAGUUCUGUCAAAGCUGAACUGGGAUUCGAUUGCGAGACUAGCGAGAUUGUGUUGGAAAUUGUUCGCGGUAUCAGAUUACAUUCUGAUAAGCUGUUAAAUCAAGUGAAAGAAGGUGAACUUGUUAAGGCGCAGCUUGGAUUAGGUCAUAGCUAUUCUAGGGCAAAGGUUAAAUUCAAUGUUAAUCGUGCUGACAAUAUGAUAAUCCAAGCCAUAUCCUUGUUAGAUCAAUUAGAUAAAGAUAUUAAUACAUUUGCCAUGAGAGUUAGAGAAUGGUAUUCAUGGCAUUUUCCAGAACUUGUAAAGAUCAUUAACGAUAAUCACAUAUAUUCUGUUCUCGCCAAAUUCAUUCGAAACAAAACCGAUUUAACUGAAGAUCAUUUAGAUGCUCUUGUAGAAAUAACUGGUGAUAAAUCGAAGGCGAAACAAAUUAUUGAUGCAGCUCGUGUAUCGAUGGGCACUGAUAUCUCCGAAUUGGAUAUGAUCAAUAUCGAGCACUUCGCUGAUCGUGUAAUCAAUCUUGCUGAUUAUCGUAAAAAUUUACAUGAAUAUUUGUUAUAUAAAAUGAAUAAUGUGGCACCAAAUUUAUCAGCAUUAAUUGGCGAAGUUGUUGGUGCCAGGUUGAUUUCUCACGCUGGGAGCUUGGCGAAUCUCUCAAAAUAUCCUGCUUCCACCGUUCAAAUUUUGGGAGCUGAGAAGGCUUUAUUUAGAGCUCUUAAAACGAAAGGAAACACUCCGAAGUAUGGUCUUCUAUAUCACUCCUCUUUUAUUGGACGUGCAGAAACAUUUAUUUCAGCUUUGUACCUUUCCUAUAUAAACGUUAAUAUUCAAUGUAUUGACAUUGAUGGUCAAAAUUUAAUAGAUAAACCUACUUCAAAAUUUGGUGAAGCUCUUAAAAAUCAAGUUGAGGAAAGACUAAAGUUUUAUGAAUCUGGAACUGCCGUUACAAAAAAUGCUGAUGUCAUUAAAAAAGUAAUCGAAGAGCUUGAAAAAGAUGAUGAGGAAAUGGACGUUGAUAAAGUUCAAUCUGCAGCUUCAGUGAAACGUAAAGCUUCAGAGAUAACGGGUGAAGAAGUUUCUCCUCCUAAAAAACAUAAGAAAUCAAAAACGCAAGUAGAUAACGAUGACAAAUCAAAGGACAAAGAUGAGGAAACUGUUGAAGAAUCUUCCAAGCCCAAAAAAAAGAAAAAGGAUAAAAAGAAAGCUACAAAAGAUAUUAAGAAAAAAGACAAAAGUUGA